AUGGAAGUCUUCCGCCGGAUCGUCAAGAAAAAGCCUCGCACACCGCCCAAGCAAGAUGACGACGACGCCGAACCCAGCGCGGCCGCCCACCCGCUCGACAUUCUCCCGUCCCUACCGGCCACGCGCCGCCCCGUGACGCCCGACCCCGUCACAACACGGCGCCCGCCGCAGCCCAUCCCGCCCUUUUUCACCCUGCCGUACGAGCUGCGCCACGAGAUCUACCUGCUCGUGCUGGGCCACCGCACCAUCCACCUCGACAUGCGCUACACAGCCGCCUCGACGGCGCCGGGGCACCCGCACACCACCGCCGGCGCCUUCUUCUUCGCGCACCGCCGCUGGCGCUGGCGCGCGCACACGUGCCACCGGGAUCCCGCCGCGCAGGCCGCGCACGACCGCUGCGGCGCCGGCGGGCCGCCUCCCACAAACUGCGCGGCCCACCCGCACACCCCCUGCGCCAUCGGCCCCGAGACGCUCGGCCUGCUGCUCGCCUGCCGCGCCACGUACCGCGAGGCCGCUGCCGUGCUGUACGGCCCCGCCAACACGUUCCACGUGUCGUCCGGCGCGCUGCUGCUCCGCACGCCCGCGCUGCUUGCGCCGCCACGCGCCGCGCAGCUCGCGAGGCUCGUCCUCGCCCUCACCCACGAGAGCGUCGCGCAGUUCGCCGCCGCGCAUUUGGGUCUGGCGCCCGGCCGCCCGGCGUUUGUCGCGCUGCUGGCCGCCGUGCCGAAGGCGUUCCCUGGUCUGCGCAGCUUGCAGGUUCUUGCGCUCGCCGCGCCGGGCACGGCGCGCGCGUGGCGGGCUGGGGAGGGCGAGUUUGCUGAGCUGGCAGGCGAGGGCGAGCUGGCGAGGGCGUUUCUGGGCCCGGUGGACGCGCUGGUCAGGGCGUUUGCGGGGCAGCUGCGCGAGUGCGUGUUUGUGCUGGAGAGCUACGUGUUUGAUGCGUUUUUGGAGGGCGACUUGGCCGAGGCGGAGAGAAUGGAGGACGGUGUCGGGUGGGUGCAGUUCUGGCGGCCGGUGCCGGGUGUGGUGGGUGCCCCGAAGGCUGGGUACUGGAUUAGACGGGUCAUGGCGUGCGCCGAGGCGUGGUAUACCCUGACCUAUGUCCCUCCUGAGUGA